UCGCCUCUUCGGCGGUGGCGUACGGCUACCUACGCAGGCGCACGGCGCGCCCACAGCUAACAUGGAGGCAAGUUACAACCACUCCAACGGGUGUCCAAGCCAGUCUUUAAAGCCCUACCAUCCCACGCACACACGCGCAGAUCCUUCUCCACCCACAGUCUCAAUCACAACGAACGAGCACGGCUCGACCCAUCGAUCUCCGCCGUGGAGCCAGUGAGGACGACGACAUGAGCUCGUCGGUGCACGGCGCCGGCCAGAACCAGAACGAGGCGGGAGGCGGCGGCGGCGAUAAUGGCAGAAAGAAGGCGGGGGCGGAGGAGAAGGUGGAGAAGGUGCCGUUCAUGAAGCUCUUCUCGUUCGCCGACCGGUGGGACUACGUGCUGAUGGCGGUGGGCUCGGUGGGCGCGUGCGCGCACGGCGCCUCCGUGCCCGUCUUCUUCAUCUUCUUCGGCAAGCUCAUCAACAUCAUCGGCAUCGCCUCCUUCUUCCCCGCCAUGGUCUCCGGCCGCGUCGCCAAGUACUCGCUGGACUUCGUGUACCUGGGCGUGGUCAUACUCUUCUCGUCGUGGACCGAGGUGGCGUGCUGGAUGCACACGGGGGAGCGGCAGGCGGCGAAGAUGCGGCUGGCGUACCUGCGGUCGAUGCUGGACCAGGACAUCGCCGUCUUCGACACCGAGGCGUCCACCGGCGAGGUCAUCAACGCCAUCACCAGCGACGUCCUCGUCGUCCAGGACGCCAUCUCCGAGAAGGUGGGCAACUUCAUGCACUACAUCAGCCGGUUCCUGGCCGGGUUCGCCAUCGGCUUCUCGCGCGUGUGGCAGAUCAGCCUCGUCACGCUCGCCAUCGUGCCGCUCAUCGCCAUCGCCGGCGGCACCUACGCCUACGUCACCAUCGGCCUCAUGGCGCGCGUCCGCAAGUCCUACGUCAAGGCCGGCGAGAUCGCCGAGGAGGUGAUCGGCAACGUGCGCACGGUGCAGGCCUUCGUCGGCGAGGAGAAGGCCGUGAGGACGUACCGCGAGGCGCUGCUGCGAACGUACAAGUACGGCAAGCGGGGCGGCCUCGCCAAGGGCCUCGGCCUCGGCUCCAUGCACUCGGUGCUCUUCCUCUCCUGGGCGCUGCUCGUCUGGUUCACCGGCAUCGUCGUCCACAAGCGCAUCUCCAACGGCGGCGAGUCCUUCACCACCAUGCUCAACGUCGUCAUCGCCGGCCUGUCGCUUGGCCAGGCGGCGCCCAACAUAUCGACGUUCCUCCGGGCGAGGACGGCGGCGUACCCGAUCUUCCAGAUGAUCGAGAGGAGCACCGUGAACAAGAGCAGCUCCAGGGCCGGCCGCACGCUGCAGGCGGUGGAGGGCAACAUCCACUUCCGCGACGUGCGGUUCGCGUACCCGUCCCGCCCGGACGUGGUCAUCCUCGACCGCCUCAGCCUGGACUUCCCGGCCGGCAAGAUCGUCGCCCUCGUCGGCGGCAGCGGCUCCGGCAAGAGCACCGUGGUCUCCCUCAUCGAGCGGUUCUACGAGCCGCUCUCCGGCGCGGUCCUCCUCGACGGCCACGACAUCAGGGACCUGGACGUCAAGUGGCUGCGCGGGCAGAUCGGGCUCGUCAACCAGGAGCCGGCGCUGUUCGCGACGAGCAUCCGGGAGAACAUACUCUACGGCAAGAGCGACGCCACCGCGGACGAGAUCGACCACGCGGCGAAGCUGUCGGAGGCCAUCACCUUCAUCAACAACCUCCCCGAGCGGUACGAGACGCAGGUCGGCGAGCGAGGGAUACAGCUCUCUGGAGGGCAGAAGCAGCGGAUCGCCAUCUCGAGGGCGAUACUCAAGAACCCAUCCAUACUGCUCCUCGACGAGGCCACCAGCGCGCUCGACGCCGAGUCCGAGAAGAGCGUGCAGGAGGCGCUGGACCGCGUCAUGGUCGGCCGCACCACCGUGGUGAUCGCGCACCGGCUGUCCACCAUCAGGAACGCCGACACCAUCGCCGUCGUGGACGGGGGCAGGAUCGUCGAGACCGGCACGCACGAGCAGCUCAUGGCCAACCCUCUCAGCGCCUACUCGUCGCUGAUCCAGCUGCAGGAGGCUGCUCAGCUUCAGAGCAAGCCCUCUUUCUCGCACAGCACGAGCAUCACCAGGCCACUAAGCUUCAAGUAUUCGAGGGAGCUGUCAAGGACGAGCAGGGGUGGCAGCUUCCGCUCCGACAAGGACUCGAUAAGCCGGUACGGCGCCGGGGAGGCGAACGACGAAGGGCAGGGCAAGGGGAAGCCCGUGUCCAUGAAGAAGCUCUACUCCAUGGUGCGGCCGGACUGGGUGUUCGGCGUGUCGGGCACCCUCAGCGCGUUCGUGGCGGGCGCCCAGAUGCCGCUCUUCGCCCUGGGCGUGACGCAGGCGCUGGUGUCCUACUACAUGGGGUGGGAGACCACCAAGAGGGAGGUGCGCAAGAUCGCCACGCUCUUCUGCGGCGGCGCCGUGCUCACCGUGGUGUUCCACGUGAUCGAGCACCUCAGCUUCGGCAUCAUGGGCGAGCGGCUCACGCUGCGCGUCCGGGAGAAGAUGUUCGCGGCCAUCCUGCGGAACGAGAUCGGGUGGUUCGACAGCACCACCCACACCAGCUCCAUGCUGGCGUCGCGGCUCGAGACCGACGCCACGCUGGUGCGCACCAUCGUCGUCGACCGCUCCACCAUCCUGCUGCAGAACGUCGGCAUGAUCGUCACCUCGCUCAUCAUCGCCUUCAUACUCAACUGGAGGAUUACGCUGGUCGUGCUCGCCACGUAUCCCCUCAUGGUCAGCGGCCACAUCAGUGAGAAAAUGUUCAUGAAAGGAUACGGAGGGAACCUUGGCAAGUCGUAUCUGAAGGCUAACAUGCUCGCCGCCGAGGCGGUGAGCAACAUGAGGACGGUGGCCGCCUUCUGCGCGGAGGAGAAGGUGAUAAAGCUCUACGCUGAUGAGCUCAAGGAGCCCGGGAAGCGGUCCUUCCGGCGAGGACAGGGAGCCGGCGUCUUCUAUGGAGUCUCUCAGUUCUUCCUCUUCUCUUCCUAUGCGCUGGCUUUAUGGUACGGUUCGCAUCUGAUGAGCAAGGAGUUGGCCACCUUCAGGUCCGUGAUGAAGUCCUUCAUGGUGCUCAUAGUGACAGCGCUGGCAAUGGGCGAGACGCUGGCGAUGGCGCCGGACAUCAUCAAGGGGAACCAGAUGGCGUCCUCGGUGUUCGAGAUCCUGGACAGGAAGACCGAGGUCCAGAUCGACACCGGCGACGACAUCAAGAAGGUGGAGGGAGUGAUCCAACUGCGGGACGUUGAAUUCCGUUACCCGUCGAGGUCGGAGGUGGCCGUGUUCAAAGGUCUCGACCUCCUGAUGAAGGCCGGCAAGAGCAUGGCGCUCGUCGGGAUGAGCGGCUCCGGCAAGAGCACCGUUCUCUCGCUCAUCCUCCGCUUCUACGAUCCGAUCGCCGGAAAAGUUUUGGUCGAUGGAAAGGACAUCAAGAAGCUUAAGCUGAAGUCGCUGAGGAGGCACAUCGGCCUGGUGCAGCAAGAGCCGGCGCUGUUCGCGACGACGAUCUACGAAAACAUCCUCUAUGGCAAGGACGGCGCGACGGAGGCCGAGGUCAUCGAGGCGGCGAAGCUGGCGAACGCGCACACCUUCAUCAGCUCGCUGCCGGAGGGGUACCAGACCAAGGUCGGGGAGCGCGGCGUGCAGCUGUCGGGCGGGCAGAAGCAGCGCAUCGCCAUCGCGCGCGCUAUCGUCAAGGACCCGGCCAUCCUGCUCCUGGACGAGGCGACGAGCGCGCUGGACGUGGAGUCGGAGCGUGUGGUGCAGCAGGCGCUGGACAGGGUGAUGAAGAACCGGACAACAGUGAUGGUGGCGCACCGGCUGUCGACGAUCAAGAACGCCGACGUCAUCUCGGUGAUCCAGGACGGCAAGAUCAUCGAGCAGGGGGAUCACCAGCACCUGAUCGAGAACAAGAAUGGCGCCUACCACAAGCUCGUCAACUUGCAGCAGCAGCAGCAGCAACAGCUGCAGGGGGGGCAGAGCUCAUGAGCUCCCUGGGGAAGAACCAUGUGCUUCUGUAUCCAGCUGGGCUUCCCUCAAGUUCAUCGAAUGUAAAAGCUGUGCUCUACAUUUUCUUUUUCUUAAAGUGUGUGUUCACCAUUAUACAGGGAGAAGUGCUCUCAUGUUGAUUUCUUUGUAGCAGUAGAUAGUAAUUGCAAAUUUUCAUUUAGGAUAUAUAUAAAUUUAUAUAUAUAUAUAUAUGGAUGUUGCUGGGUGAUAAAAGUUUUUUUUAAUUA